AUAUUCCUUCUUUCUCAGGCUAUCGUGCCGUAACAUCUAUCCAAGGAGUACAGUGCAGUUUGAGAGAGAGAGAGAGAAUGGCGAAUCGGGAUGCAGAAAUACAGAGCAUGGAGGUUCUUCCCACGGCUCUCUUGGCAACGAUCAUGACGAAGCUCGACGUCCCUUCCAUCUGCUCAAUCGCUUCCACUUCCAAGUCCCUCAACACCUGCUCUUCUCACAUCCUCUCAUUUCUCCCCAACUUCCUCCUCCUCGACGUUGCGCCCUCAAUCGAUUUGCUGGGCCCUUUGUUGCCUCCAAACCCUUACCUUCAGACCCUCAAGGUUGAUUGUCAUCGCCUCGACGAUUCCGCUAUUGAUUCUCUCCUUCGGCCUUCUCUGCUUGAGCUUUCUCUCCAUAAUUGCUCCGAUUUUAGCGGCAGGCUUCUCUCUCAGGUCGGCGCACGAUGCAAGGACCUUAGGUCUCUGUACUUGAGUGCUGUGGCAGAAAAAAGAGGGAGAUCAAUCCAUGUGUCUGAUCUAGAGGAGUUGCUAAAUGGUUGCACUGAAUUAGAAACACUGAUUCUCAUGUUUGAUGUCUCAACAUUUGUUCGUGAUAGUUUUGCUCGUAUCUGGGCUUUGGCUUGUGCAAAACUCGUUUCUCUUGAAAUUGGAUAUGUUUCAUCUUUAAUGGUGACCGAACUUCUCACCGCCCCUGGUGCGCACCACCAGUCUCCAAAUCACACGAGGACCUCCAUAUUGCCUAGUAUUGGCAAAUUGUGUCUUUCUGUAGACUACAUUACAGACACAAUGGUUAAAACAAUAUCUAAAAAUCUCAACUCAUUAACACAUUUGGACCUCCGAGAUGCACCAAUAAUAGAACCCACGGCUGCAUUUGAUCUCACCAACUCCGGCCUUCAGCAGAUUAAUCCACAUGGGAAAUUAAAACAUCUUUCCUUAGUCCGAAGCCAGGAGUUUGUUGCCACUUGCUUUAAGAGAGUUAAUGAUCUUGGUGUCCUCUUGAUGGCUGACAGAUGCUCAAGCAUGGAAAGUAUAUGUCUUGGAGGCUUUUGUCGUGUUACGGAUACAGGUUUCAAGACGAUCUUACAUUCUUGCUCAAAGUUGUACAAGUUUAGGGUUUCCCAUGGUACCCAACUAACUGAUCUUGUAUUCCACGAUAUCUCUGCAACUUCACUUUCUCUGACACAUGUGAGCUUAAGAUGGUGUAAUCUCUUGACAAACCAUGGGGUCGUGCGUUUAUCAUCCAACAUGGAUCUUACUUUCCUUGAUUUGAGGGACUGUAGGAGCCUUGGGGAUGAAUCCCUUAGAGCCAUUGGCACCCUUACUAAAUUAAAGACUCUACUAUUAGACGGUUCUGACAUAAGCGAUUUAGGGUUGUCAUACUUGAAACAAGGGGUGAUAAGUUCACUAAUUUCCUUGUCCGUCAGAGGUUGCAAGAGACUUACAGACAAGUUCAUCUCUUCUUUGUUUGAUGGUUCUUCUUCACUGGAGCUUCAAGAGCUGGACCUAUCAAAUCUUCCCAACCUUUCUGAUGCUGGUGUUUUGUUACUUGCGAGAAGUAGAGUUCCAAUUACUGAGCUCCGAAUGCGACAAUGUCCACUUAUUGGUGAUAAUUCAGUUAUUACAUUAGCUUCGAUGCAAGUUCACGAGGAUUGGUGCCGCGGAAGUACGUUGAAAUUGUUGGAUCUGUACAACUGUGGUGGGCUUACGCAGCUUGCAUUUCGAUGGUUGAAGAAGCCUUAUUUUCCUAGGCUGAGAUGGUUGGGAGUUACUGGAAGUGUGAAUAGAGAUUUGGUGGAUGCUUUAGCUAGAAGUAGGCCGUUCUUGCGUGUGGCUUGUCGGGGUGAGGAGUUGGGUGCUGGCCAAUGGGAUACCUCUGAUGGAACGUACAUGCAUGACUACGAAGAAGUGGAUGAGCUGGAGCAGUGGCUUCUUGAAGGUGAAAACGACGAGAGUGGUGAUGAUGAGGAGAUGGAGGAGGUUGAAAAUGUUGCCGAGUUGGUGGGUUGAUUUGCAUGAUAUUCGUAUUUGUGUCUCUGCAUUACUUUUACGUUCUCGUUGUUGUGUAACUGUUGUAAUUAAGCUUGCCUUAGUUGUGAACAUACUCUACUGACUGACUCUAAGCAGUAAUGUUGUCUCAAUUUCUCCCGCAAAUUUCUUCAUUAUGGUUGUAACAACUACCAAGUGUUCAUCUAUUAACAUGUAUUUUACAGAA